AACAAAUAGGAGAUUUGCUCUCUGCCGGAAAAGAUAGCUGUUUGAUCGGAGAUGUCAACUGGAGACGAAGACAAAGAAGAAAGAAGAGGAGGUGAACUAAGUCAAAACUCAAUACCCAAUCAAAUCAUUGCAGCCCUUUCUCUCUCUUCUCGCUAAGCCGGCAGCGACAAUCCCCUAGCGAGCCUAUGGCGAGGGCCAUAGCGCACGACGCCGUCCACCAAUGCUUAGCUUUUCUUCUCUAAAAACGAGCUCCUUUCCAUUUCAAAUGAAGAAAAUACAACAACAGGGAAAUCGAGAUAAAGAUGAAGCCGACUACCUAAAACAGGACGUUGAAAACAAAAUGAGAUCAGAUAGAGACAAAUUGAUACUUGAUUUGCUGAACAAGAGAGCCUCAACGAGUGAAGCUCAAAUCCAGGCUAAUUUAGCCCGACUGCAAUAUGAGGUGAAAAGGGCUCAAAAAAUCGACCGAGAACCAACCUUCAAAAGAAUUGUGGAGCUUAAACAAAAAAUGGAUUCAUUACGCGAGAGACGAGCGCGCGAAAGAUUAAGCCAGCAGUCUAAAUCAGUCAUCUCCAUGGUUGGAUAUACCAACUAUGGGAAGAGUAAUGAGUUGACUGGCGCCGGUGUGUGCUGUAAGGAUCAAUUUUUCACCACCAUGGACCCGGUAACAAAAAAGGUGGACCUUUAUACAAAUUCAGAUGCAGUUAAAUUCAUAGCUGCAACAUUUACUUAA